AUGUGUGGUCCGUUUCUUAGUGAAAGAAGAGUGGGACGUCUUUCCCGAGUGCUUCUUCUUCUUCUUUGCAAUUUACCCGCCCUCUUUCCACAUCGCAUUCAAUUCAAUUUGGCAUCUCGUCAACCGUCGUUUUGUCACCCAGAAAAACUAAAGUACCUAACAGGCUUUGGCAACGAGCAUGCGUCUGCUGACCCGAGAGUGCCUGAUGCUCUUCCCGUUGGACAGAACUCUCCGCAGAAGUGCGCCCAUGGUCUUUACGCCGAGCAACUCAGUGGAACUGCUUUCACCGCUCCACGUUCCCAAAACCAAAGAUCGUGGCUCUAUCGUAUUCGUCCUUCGGUAAUUCAUCGUCCAUUUGAAGCAAUAUCUGAAAAUGGAAGCAACUGGACCAACAACUUCUCAUCGAUUCCACCAAAUCCAAAUCAAUAUCGUUGGAAUCCCUUCCCACUUCCAACAAAAGAAGACGUUACAUUCGUCGAUAAUUUGUAUACAGUUUGUGGUGGAGGAGAUGUGAUCAGUCGUACCGGAUUGGCAAUUCAUCAGUUCUCAUGUAAUGCAAGUAUGGAACAUACUGCUAUGUAUAAUUCGGAUGGAGACUUUUUGAUUGUUCCACAACAAGGAGCAUUGGAGAUCACCACCGAAUUCGGACGUCUUCUAGUUAAUCCACAAGAAAUUAUCGUGAUUCCACAAGGAAUUCGUUUCUCUGUUGCAGUCCGUGGACCAUCUCGUGGUUAUAUUCUCGAAGUGUACGGAACUCAUUUCCAACUUCCGGAUCUUGGACCAAUUGGAGCCAACGGGCUUGCAAAUGCAAGAGACUUCGAGGCUCCCGUUGCCUGGUUUGAGGAUUUGGAUGUAGAAUACACAAUCAUUAACAAGUAUCAAGGAGCAUGGUUUCAGGCUAAACAAGGUCAUUCUCCGUUCGACGUUGUCGGUUGGCAUGGAAAUUACAAUCCAUACAAAUACGAUCUUCGUAAGUUUAUGGUCAUCAACACUGUCUCCUUUGAUCAUUGUGAUCCAUCGAUCUUCACUGUUCUCACUGCUCCAUCUGUUAAACAUGGAACUGCUAUCGCUGAUUUUGUGAUCUUUCCACCAAGAUGGGGAUGUGCUGACAACACUUUCAGACCACCAUAUUAUCAUCGCAACUGUAUGUCUGAAUAUAUGGGGUUGAUCACUGGAUGCUACGAAGCAAAAGAAGGUGGAUUCAAGCCAGGUGGUGGAUCUCUUCACUCAAUGAUGACCCCUCACGGACCAGAUUUCAAUUGUUUCGAAAUGGCGUCGAAUGUCGAUUUGAAACCACAGAGAGUCGCCGAAGGAACCAUGUCGUUCAUGUUCGAGAGCUCCCUCAACAUGGCAAUUACCAACUGGGCAAUCAAUCAAAAUGUGGACAAAGACUACUACAAAGACUGGCAGCCACUCAAGAAGCAUUUCACUUUGCCAAAAUGA